CCACAGAGCCAAAGGUUGACUGGCAUCUUCCAAAAGCUGCAGUCGCUGCCUUCUAUUUCAAGUCAACCACAUGACGCGCUGACGUGAGAAAAGGGGCGAGAGCGCAAUAUACUUGUUUGAACAUCGGCUCUGGCUUCACAAAGGCAGAAAGUGCUAAUGGAAUGAAGUACAAAUGAUCAAAUGGGUCCGGUUCACAUUCUCCUAAUUCUCAGUCUUUCCGGGAUCGCAAACUCUAUCACUCGAACUUACUACAUCGCAGUGAAAGAGGAGACAUGGAACUACGCACCCAGCGGCAUAAACGUCCUCACAAACCAAGAACUGGAACAGGAUGAGAAUGCAGCAGAGUUUCUGACAGGGGGCGAACACAGGAUUGGACGAAUAUACAAGAAGGCUAUCUAUAAACAGUUCACUGAUGAAACAUAUUCAGUUGAGGUUCCUAAACCUGACUGGCUGGGAUUCCUUGGCCCACUGCUAAGGGCAGAGGUGGAAGAUUUGAUUAUUAUUCACUUCAAAAACUUUGCAUCACGUCCCUAUUCUUUGCACCCACAUGGAGUAUUCUAUAAGAAAGAUUCUGAAGGUGCUUUUUAUCCUGAUCGUACAUCAGGUCAACACAAGAUGGAUGAUGCUGUUCCACCAGGAGGAAGCCACUUAUACACAUGGAUAGUAAAGAAAGAAUAUGCACCGACAGAUUCUGACUCCGCUUGUUUAACUUGGAUUUACCAUUCCCAUGUGGAUGCUCCAAGGGAUAUUUCCUCAGGUUUGAUUGGAGCGCUGUUAACAUGUAAGAAAGGAAUUUUGGAUGAUGUCACACUGAAACGUAAAGAUGUUGACCAGGACUUUGUCGUGAUGUUCAGUGUGGUGGAUGAGAAUCUGAGUUGGUACUUAGAUGAUAAUAUAAAUAAGUACUGCACUCUGCCAUCUUCAGUUGACAAAGAUGAUGAAGCUUUUCAGGAAAGCAACAAAAUGCAUUCUAUCAACGGCUUUCUUUUUGGAAAUUUACCCGGGCUGAACAUGUGCAGUGGUCAGUCUGUUUCCUGGCACUUGUUUUCAAUAGGAAAUGAAGUUGAUAUUCACUCAGCGUAUUUUCAUGGCCAGACUCUCAUUAACAAAGGUCAUAAAGUAGAUGUCAUUAGUCUUUUCCCAGCUACCUUUGUCACAGUACAGAUGGUUUCCAGAAAUGUUGGAAAAUGGUUGUUAAGCUGCCAAGUGAAUGACCAUAUUAAAGCUGGCAUGCAGGCGUUGUUUGUUGUGGAGGAAUGUAGGCACAAUUCUUCAGAAACUACACUUACUGGUAAAGAGAGAAAGUACUUCAUUGCAGCUGAAAUGGAGAAGUGGAAUUAUGCUCCCACAGGCAAGAACUUAUUUAACGGUCAGCCACUAGAUGCAGAAGGAAGUGAUUCUGAGAUUUUCUUCAAGAGAAGCAUUGAUAGAAUAGGAGGAGAAUACUGGAAAGUUCGUUACAUUGAAUAUAUUGAUGAAACCUUUAGCACUAGAAAAAAUCGAUUACAUAUGGAGGAACAUCUAGGAAUACUUGGCCCAGUAAUCAAAGCUGAAGUUGGAGACACCAUUUUUGUUACAUUUAUGAAUAAUGCAAGCCGUCCCUACAGCAUUCAGCCUCAUGGUGUAAGUUUUACCAAGGAGUUUGAUGGGACGAACUAUGUUGAUGGUUUUGAGAAAAAUGGUUCCCACGUAGAGCCCGGUACAUCCUUCAAAUACAAAUGGACCGUACCAGAACACGUUGGACCUACAGGGAAUGAUCCACCCUGCCUAACUUGGAUGUACUAUUCAGCCACCAAUCCAGUUGAGGACACCAAUUCUGGCCUUGUUGGACCAUUGAUCAUUUGCAGACAGAAUAUGUUAAAUCAAGAUGGUUCACAGAAAGACACUGACCAAGAGUUUUACUUGCUGUAUACAGUUUUUGAUGAGAAUCUUAGUUGGUAUCUUCCAAAGAAUUUGGAGACAUUCAUUCAAAAUACUUCCAACAUCAAUCAGGAGGAUGAAGAAUUUCAAGAAUCAAACAAAAUGCAUGCUAUUAAUGGCUACAUGUUUGGUAACUUGCCUGGGCUGGAGAUGUGCAAGGGUGACAAUGUUUCGUGGCACUUGAUUGGACUUGGCACUGAAAUCGACAUGCACGGAAUUUACUUUCAAGGCAACACAGUCCGCCUGAGGGGGACCACCCAUGAUGUAUUAAAUGUGUUUCCUCAUACCUCCGCAACAGUCUUCAUGCAGCCAGAUGAUAUUGGUACAUUUAAGGUCAUCUGCCGAACAGCUGAUCACUAUAUGGGUGGAAUGAAACAUAUGUAUCAUGUUCGAAACUGCAAUAAAAGUAUCCCGGGCCAGGUUUACAAGACAUUCCGAAUGUACUACAUUGCUGCAGUGGAGAUUGAGUGGGACUAUUCUCCUGACAGGAGCUGGGAGCUGGAAAGACACAAUGCAACCAAAGAAGAAAGUUAUGGCCAUGUGUUUGUUGGUACAGGGCAAGGUAAAAUCGGGUCAAAGUACAAAAAGGUUGUUUACAGGGAGUUUACAGAUGGAACUUUUACCACACAGAAAAUGAGGCUACCAGAAGAACAGCAUUUGGAAAUACUCGGUCCAAUUAUUCGAGCAGAAGUUGGUGACGUUAUCAUGGUCAUAUUUAAGAACUUAGCUUCCCAACCUUACUCCAUACACCCACAUGGUGUUGAAGAGGUAAACAGUGGUAAACACCUCAAAGUACCAGUUACCAAGCCAGGUCAGGUCAAGAUCUACAGAUGGAAUGUUCCGGAAAGAUCAGGCCCUGGCAGUGGAGACUCAAAUUGCAUCACCUGGACUUAUUAUUCUGCAGUAAAAUUUGUGAAGGACCUGUACAGUGGUUUGGUUGGCCCCCUGGUAACCUGUCGUAAAGGAAUACUCAAACAGAAUGGCAUGAGGAAAGAUGUUGAUCGGGAAUUUGCUUUAUUGUUUCUGGUAUAUGAUGAAAAUGAAUCCUGGUACUUGAAUGACAAUAUCAUCAAUUAUCUCCAUGCGGAUCCAGCUGAGUUCAAGAAAACAGAUGAGUUUGUAGAAAGCAAUAAAAUACAUGCAAUUAAUGGGAAGAUCUAUGGAAAUCUUCAUGGACUGACGAUGGUUAAAGGAGAGAAGGUUGACUGGUAUUUACUGGGUAUGGGAAAUGAAGUAGACAUGCACACUGUUCAUUUCCAUGCCCAGAGUUUUAUCUAUAGGAUGGAUAAUGAUUACAGAGCGGAUGUGUACGAUCUCUUCCCUGGAACAUUCCAGACUGUAGAAAUGAUUGCAUCGAACCCUGGUACUUGGCUGUUGCAUUGUCAUGUAACUGAUCAUAUUCACGCUGGCAUGGAAACUGUUUAUACUAUCCUGAAUCGCACAGACCAUGCAAGGACUACUGUGCAAAAUCAAUUUACAUAUUCUAUAACAAAUGAUGGCACUGAAUUAAAGAUAGACUUCCUGGGGAACAAGCUCGAUAAAAGUGAAAUCAAAUUAAUGCUGGCAUUGCUUCUCAUUAUUGGUGUAUUUUUACUGCUGAUUUCUUUGGUAUUUCUUAGUGUUAUUAUUUACCUACAUGGAAAGAAGUCGUUUAGUCAAGUGAGCCGGUCCUCAAUCCCAAUGAAUAGCAUUUGAUUUGCUCCAGUUUGCUACUGUUCUUUGAUUAUAUUCAAGAAUUUAUUUUUAAAAUUCUGUUCAUUAUAAAUGAAUGUACAUUUUUGGAACCUGACUAAGCUUCUGAUUUUAGGAUUUAUUCUGAUGAAAUCUAAUAAUUACAACCAGAAUUCCAAAAUGGGAUAAAAUCGUAAAGUAUAAAUAUCAACUUCAAGUUAAAUUAAAUUCUAGAGUUAAAAGCAAAUAAAUGAGCAUUAAGUGACUGUCUUUUCCCUCUUUUCAAAAUAGACUGCCAUUUGCAGGGUUGAUUUUAACACCCAGCAUACCCACACCCACCCAUCCCACCAGUUGGGAAUGGUGCCUGGGAUGUGUUAAAAUCUGUUAAGUCAUCUAACUGGCCUGAAGUUGCUCCUUCAAACUCCUGAAAGAAUCCUUGGACCACCCCCGCCCCCCACCAACCGCUUCGAUCUUUCCUCUCCCUCACCUAAUCAACAUCUGGCCUGCAACCCACCCCAGCACAUGCCUAGGACUCUUCCAUUGGGUUUGCCCCGAUUCCUGCUCCUGCCUGCUGCCUCGAGGCCAUUCUUGGCAUGUUAGAGCAGGAGACUGACGUGCAAUGUUAAAACGAGGUAUGGCAGUUAAAAUUGGCCAAUCUAUGCUGUUGUUUUAGGUGUGCCAAAAACUUUAGGUCCUCUAUGGACCAAUACGAACCCAUACGACCAAAUUCUCCAGUUGGCAAGCGGGGGCAGGGCCCACCCUCUGAUGCGUAAAAUGAUGCAUGGUGACGUUGGGUGGGCAUCCCGACAUCACCGCGCGUCAUUUAGAUUUUCAGCCGACUCAGUGCGCACCCGCCGA